GAAGCAGCAGAGCCAGAGAGAGGGAGAUGAUGGGGUGUUUGGUUCUCUACAAUUCAACCCUUCCGAUCAAUACCGUUUCAAAAUCGGUUACCAAUCUUAACGGCUUCAAUUUUCCCGCCACCUUCAAGACUUCGUUAUCGUUUUCUUCAAGUUCAACGUCUCGAUUUACAGUGAAUUGUAGAGACAGAACUGGAGAAGAACCGAAACUCUCUGAUUCUUCGGCUUACGCUGUCCUUGGGGUCGAUCCCAGUUGCUCAGCUGCCGAGCUUAAGGCCGCUUUCAAAGCCAAAGUCAAGCAGUUUCACCCCGAUGUAAAUAAAGAAGGGGGAGAUUCAGACAAGAUGAUUCGCCUUGUAAUUCAAGCAUACGAGCUGUUAUCCUGUUGCAGCCGAUCAGAGAUCAUUGAGAGGGAAUGUUUAGAUCCAUUUGAUGAGCCGGAAUGCGAGGCAUUUGAUCUCUUUGUUAAUGAAGUUCUUUGUGUUGGCAAAGGCUGUCCAUAUUCGUGUGUAAAUAGAGCACCUCAUGCCUUCACAUUUGUUUCUUCAACCGGAACCGCACGAGCAACUUCUCAAGGACACGGUGAAGAUUACCAAGUUCAGCUUGCAGUUGGCCAGUGCCCAAGAAGCUGUAUUCAUUAUGUUACACCUUCACAGAGAAUCGUUCUGGAGGAGCUUCUGGACAGCAUCUUGGACACACCUUAUGAUACUUCAGCUGAGGCAGACUUGCUUUAUUCGCUUAUCGUUAAAGCCAGGUUUGAGAACAACCGGUAUCAGAAGCCGAAGAAGCAACCAAAGGGCUCAACCCAACAUGUAGAUUGGUUUUGAUAUUUGGAUUUCCAGGCUUCAUCCCAGAGGCAAAGCAUAACCAGUCACCAUGCUGAUACUGCAACAUAUGCUAAUGCUCCUUGUCAUGUAAUGAGAUGAAAUUCAAGUAACAGAAAUGCUCUAUUCAGUUGCCCAGUGUGUGCCUUACUUCAAUCCAUGGUGAUUAGUAUAUAGGUAUUGGAGAGUAAGCCUUGCGGGCAAUAUCGGAUUCUAGUGUUUGUAUGAUCAAUAAAGAAAAUAUUACACUCCAUUUGACCA